UCACCUCAAUUCUCAAAAACUUCAGCAAGGCAUCCCGCCAUUUUAGAUGCUUGGCUUUCUUCCUCGUUGUGUAGCCGGUGUUCUUUGUGUUUUUAGUUUGUAAGUUUUAUUAUUUUCUCUAAUUCAGUUGCAAAUAACUUUACUGUAAGUAGAAGAUAUGGCUAGUCAAACAAACGGUGUCAGUACUACUCCUGGAAGUGAUGAUGAUCGGAAGUUAUUUGUUGGUGGCCUAGGACGAAGCAUAGGCGAAGCUGAAAUUCGUGAAUAUUUUGGAAAGUUUGGAGAAGUAGAGAGUGUUAACAUAAAACUGGAUCAAUAUACUGGACAAUCUCGUGGGUUUGCAUUUGUUACAUUUAAAGACUCUCAAGUGAUUAAUGAACUUUUGUCCAGAAGUACACAUUUCAUUGGUAAUAGAAAAAUCGAUCCAAAGAAGGUAGCUCAACGUCAAAUGCCUCUCAAUUGCAAGAUCUUUGUAGGAGGACUGACUCCCGAGCUCACAGACUCUGCAAUCAAAGAAUAUUUCUCUAAGUUUGGAAACAUCGUAGAAUUUCAAGCUCCUCUCGACAAGAAAACAAAGCAAAGAAAAGGAUUUUGUUUCAUCACUUUUGCCAGCAGGGACAUUGUUUUCAAGGCUUUGAAAGUUCCACGACAAACAAUAAACGGCAAGGAUGUCGAUGUGAAGAAAGUGAAAUUCAACCCUGAGACCAUGAGCUCGCCACUUCGAGGUGGAAGAAUGGACUUUCCGUGGGAUGCCUACUCCGCACAAGGAUACAACCAAGCUGGCUAUGGAAGCGUCUACCCUGCCGAUCCCUACGGGUACGAUGGAUUCUAUGGAGGUUAUGGCGAUUACAACUACGGCGGAUACGGCUACGAUAACGUUGCAGGGUAUGGUUACCAGGGCGGUUACGGAGGAGGUGGUAAGUUCAGAGAAACACAAUACAACCGUCAACAACCCUACUAAUUUGAAGUAUGUGGACGUCCAUUUAUUUUUGGGCCACAAUCUCAAAGCAAGGUACCUAACUUGAUUAGGCUACAGACUAUAAUCGUUCCAUCCUGUCAGUAAUAAAAGUAUAACUCAUGUAUGGUAAAUCCUGCUCACGAAGCAACCAUCAAUAAUAUUAGAAAGGCAAUAAAUAAAGUAUUUUUUUCAAGAAGUGCACUCCUCUUUUAGCGUUGGCUGUUCGUCUUGGAAAUAUCUUGCAACAAUAAUUUUUGAUCAUUUUUGUUUUCUAUUGUUAUGCAUCAAUAGGCAUACUGUAGGUACUGGUUUUACCUACUAGCAAUUUUAAAUCUUAAUCACGUUAAUGUGUUAGAGAUACUUUCAGUAUACCAACAGCCAUUACGUGUAUAUUCAGUGUUACAUUAUUUUAAAUUGUCCUUUAUAUAAAAUGAUAAAUGUAUACAGAUCACUCUUAUCAAGGUAUCCAUUUUAUUUUUGAGAUGUCAUUCAAUCAUUGAAUAAAUUUUCUUUGUCAAAUUUCACAACAAAAUGCAAGAAGAAAUUGGGUAGCUGACGUGUUGGAUGUUUGUAAUCUUGUCUUAUAUCAAGAUCCAAUUGAAUAUAUGAUUCCCAUCAAUUAGAUAUGUAGAACGCAUAUCUACCACAAAUCUAUUUUGUGUAGAAUAAUUACCGAGGAUUAUACAUUUUUAGAUGUGCUGUUAAUUUCUCAAACUAAGUUUGAGUAAGCCUAUAGUAAUACUGUAAUAAUUAUGUAUCAGGUGAAGAAUGUAUUUGCACUGCCUUGCUCUAGAUUAAAAACUGAAUCAAGGUUUAGUAUGUAGGUAGGUAGUGUAAUUUAAACAAUUCUCAGGGAUCUUGAUUUCUCUAGAAUUUGUAAUAUUACAGUAUUAUUCAUGUAAUCAGAUUUUUAUAUUAAAUUAAUAUAUUUGGAAAAUCCACCAGAAAAUUCUCAAGGUAAUAAAUUUUGCUCUACAAUCCCGGCAAGAAAUUGAAGUUACGACUUUUUUAAUGAUGUAUUCCACGCUAGUUAUUCCGUAGCUAUCUAAUUUUAAAGUCUUGUUAUAAUUGGGGCUUUGAUAUAAUUUUCCUCUUAUGAGUAGAAUAUUUUGUACGAUGAUGUGAAUGGCUCAAAAUAAAGUUCAAAUUAUUCUUAAUCUUUAACUCCUCAUAGACCAACAAUAUUUCAAAAUUUAGUCUUCUAUAUCAUUUAAACUUACUUAAGCGCAUUUUUUCAACUGGAUUGUAACGUGAAUUUGGAAAAGUAUAGGCCUAUUGAGAAAAUGUGAAAAUGAACUGGAUAAUUCUAAAAAUCAUGUACAUAUUCCUGAAAAUUAAUUCUCACCUGUUAUUUUUCUAGAAAGACAACAGUAACUAACAAGGUGGGGGAGGCUCUUCAAAAAUGGCGAUAAAAAAGGUGUGUGUAAUAGAGAAUGAAAUAAAAUAAAGGUGUCAAAAUAUACUAUGUCUAUGUCAUACUAUGACAUAUAUUGACACCCCCAAACUUCCUUCUACAUUAUAAACCAUUAGGAAAUAAAAUGAUAGUUUCUAGCUUUCAUAGUUAUAAUCAUAGGCUUUCAUCUUUUUUUAUGAUGCCUUAUUCUAUCAUUUAUUUCUCAUUGCACUAGGAAUUACUGUCAUUUUAUGAUCUCCCACUCUCAUACUAUUCUUAUUUGACUCACUAUUUCUACAGUACUAUUCUUUGAAUUUCAAAUUUAUAUUUCAAAAAUUACAAAGUUAUCCAGGGUGACUGAUUAGUGAUUGCAAUUUGACACAAUUUCUCCUAGCUUGUUGUUUCGUGUUUGAAUUAGAUUGAUUGCUCAAAUUUUAUGCCUCCAAGGCCCGCAAAUAAUUCCUCUGUUCAUUAUUAAUUCAUAUCUUGCAGAGUCAAUCAUGUUUAGAGUAUAUGACACAGUUUAAAGUUAUUUUUGUCAUGAUUUCGAUUCAAAAUUAUAUCGAUUCUCUCAUUCUUGGUAUCUCUCAUCAUCACGAACCAGAAAGAUGAAUGUUAUCAGACGUGUUUUGAUUAAAGGUAUAUAUAAUGCCCUUUGAUUCGAAUUCUUAGUUUGUUGAUUGUGUUUGAGUCAGAAUUUGGAAAAUUUUAUCUCAUAGAAAAUGUUAAGCAGCUAUGCUAUUUUUGUGAUUCAAUCAUUUUUCACUUAUAUCUGGUUUUGGAAUAUGUGUUUUUUUAAACUGUUAAUGAUGGUAUGAAUUUAUAACUGUUGGUGAUAUUAGUUUUAACCAGAAUAUAUUCGAUAAAUUUUCCUAAAAACUAUCAUGCAUCAAUCACACCUUGCAAAAAUAUCCCCAAAAAUACUCUUCAUAAUGGACGUUAAUUAUAAUCCCACAUUUACAUGUACAAUAUUUUGUAUAAAGUAGUUAAUUUAUCACGUUUUUGAAAAUUUUUAGGUAUUAUAAAAGGAUUAUUGAGUGAAACACUAAUAUUUAUUAUUUUUAACCACAUGUAGAAAUAGAAACAUUUAGGAUAGUAUAAGUAGGACAGUAGUUGUAUUGUAGUGCCAUAAGGUGGUUCGUUCCAUCUUAUUUUUCAUUAUUGUAAUGUAUAUAUUUAUCAUGUGAGAAAAUAGAGACACAUUUGCGAUAAAGAACUGAUAGGUUAUUAUUCUUCUAGCCUGAGAGAAGAAUCUUAGAAAGCUGUUGAAUUAGAUGAGUCAUAGUCGAUGUGUCUCAAUAGUUCUAGAGUGGAUUAAGAUUAAUCGCUGUGAAGGAUAUCAGGUGAAAAGUAGAUUACAGAACAUUCAGUUUGUUAAUAUUUUUCAAUCAGAUUGAAAAAACUAGAAAAUUGUGAUGAUUUAUCUUGUAUAAUCUGGCUAGAAAAAAGUAAAGUUCUCAUUUUGAAAUUGAAUAACUAAUUAGAAACGGGCUGCUAAUUAUAUCCUGAUUUUCUCAAUUUAUUGUCCUUGCACAAGAGCUUUAUUACACUUUAUCAAAGCAUGUUUUAUGCCUUGAAAUUGUUAGUUUUUGAAACUUGUAUUUUGGGAUAUCACUUUGAAAAUGAGAAUUUCACUUCUAUGUUAGAUUGAAGGAGUUGAAAUAGUAGAGGAAUUUUCACAUUUUUCUUGUCAUUGAAGAUUAACAAAAAUGUUAUUACUCAAGAAAGAUAAUCGAUACAAUGCUUUUUUCGCAAAAAAUAUAUUAUAUAUUUUGAAGUUGCCCUAUGGGCACAGGGUUUGAUAUACAAGAAGUAAAAUUCACUUUUUGAUAAAAAUCUUUGAAUUGUGAUCACAAUUCCAGAAGAGGUACAAAAAAGUAUCUCUCACAUCUUAUAAGCAAUUAUUCACUCUACAAUAAAUUCAUUGAUACUGAAAAAACGCCGAGUUAAUGAAUAUCUUGUUGUUCUUCCAAAAAAUGUAAGAAAUAAUAUUUUUUCUAUUUUCCAUAACAUUUUAUGGGACCAAAUCUGUUAUGAAUAAUUUUGUGAGAGUGAUUUAAACUAAAUUCAAUUUCAGUAAGCAUUGUUUGAAACAUAAUUUUUUAUUACUCAUUUUUCAAUCAAAAUUGAAUAAGGUUUUAUUGGUAACAGCUUAUCAAAGUUGAUUAAUCACCCUGAAGGUCAUGAAGUUCAUCGAUAAAUUUGUCUAUCGACAUUUACAGCAAAUUUGUCAUGCACAUUUUUAGUUAUUCUUGAUUUUUCGAUAAACAUCGUAUUGUUUUCAGUAAUAAUAGAUUUACAUUCACUUACAUUUUGCUUCAUUGGUGUUAGAUUUUCAGCAUUUUAAAAUUACUUGUUUAAUAUUAUUAUUAAUCUUAUUAUAAGUUACUAAAUGUGUGUACUAUCCAAUCCUUUAAUUAGCUUACAUUUACAGUGUAUAAAAACGCGGAAUAUAAUCUCCACAUCAAUAUUUAAAAAAAAUUGUUUUCCAUAUUACCGGUACACAAAUAAUAGAGAUAGAUUUCGAAAGGGGACAAUAAUAUUCACAGCUUGAAAUUGAACAUCAUUUAUAAGAAGUUUAUUUUAUUCAAGCUUAGUGCCGGUUGCACAAAAUCCUGUUGAAUUUUAAUACCGAUUAAUUACAAGAGAGAAUCAGAGAAGCCGUCUUUUCAAAAAGGUCUUCUCUUAUUGGUUCUCGUGAAUUAAUCACGAUUAAAAUUUAACCGGCUAUUGUGCAACCGGGCCUUAGAGUUUUACUUUGAAAGCUGUAAAUAUUUCAUCAAAAUUAUCAUUGUCCUUUACUAUUUUCAAUAGUUUUGACUAUUCAUAUUUUAAUGAUUUGAGACUGUUCCUUACUUUAUUGACAUUUCAUCUUCCAUUUUGUUUAGUUUAGAAAUGUGAGAGUUUAUAGAUACAGAUUAUGUAUUUCCCCGCAUAUAUGUGGGGAUUCUAGUUAUGUUCCUCAUAUAUAUCAAUAACUAUGUAAAAAUGUUUGCAAAAUAUAUUAUAACUCAUUGCUGUUAUA